AUGAAUGAUGAAUUGAAAGCUCUACAUGACAAUCAAACAUGGAGUGUUGUUCCUCUUCCAAAAGGACAUAAAGUUGUUGGUGCUCGUUGGAUUUACAAAACCAAAUUUCACUCAGAUGGAACUAUUGAGAGGCACAAAGCUAGAUUGGUUGCUCGUGGUUUCACUCAAAUCUUUGGAGUUGACUACAAGGAGACCUUUGCUCAUGUUGCUAAGAUGAACAUAGUUCGUGUGUUGUUAUCAGUUGUUGUGAAUAGUGGAUGGAAUCUUUUUCAAAUGGAUGUAAAAAAAAUGCUUUUUUGCAUGGUGACUUGGAGGAAGAUGUGGUUCAAAAGGAGUCAUGGUAAUUCUUCUAUGUUUGUUCGAAAUGGAAAAAUGGGAAGACUCAUAGUCUUGGUCUAUGUUGAUGAUCUUAUUAUUAUUGGAGAUAGUGACUCAGAGAUUCAAGCCUUGAAAAAAUCUCUUCAUUCUACAUUUGCUAUCAAGGAUUUAGGAAGGCUGCGUUAUUUCCUUGGAAUUGAAAUGGAUCAAACACCUGGUCAGUUAUUCUUGAAUCAAAGAAAAUAUAUUUCUGAUUUUCUUCAUGAAGUUGGUAUGCAAGAUACUAAAAUAGCUCACUCUCCUCUACCUAGCAAUCUUAAUCUUGACACAGAAAGUGAGAGUCUCCCUGAUAUCGCUCAUUAUCAAAGAUUGGUUGGUAAGUUAAUCUACUUAACUAUUACUAGACCUGAUAUCACUCAUGCUGUUCGUCUAGUCAGUCAGUUCAUGCACUCUCCACAUUCAUAUCAUUUGCAACUUGUUAAGCGUAUCCUUAGGUAUCUUAAAGGCUCUAUGACUAAGGGAAUUUUCAUGAAAAAGCAUAGCCAUUUUAAACAUGAAGGAUAUACAGAUUUGGAUUGGGCAGGAAAUGUUCUUGAUAGAAAAUUCACAACUGGUUUUUGUACUUUUGUUGGUGGAAACUUGGUUACAUGGAAAAGUAAAAAACAGUCUGUGGUUGCUAGAUCAAGUGCAGAGGCUGAGUACAGGGCAAUGGCUUUAGCUGCAUGUGAACUCAUCUGGUUAAAGACUCUUCUCAGUGAUCUUGGCAUUAUUGUAUCUACUCCUAUCAUCUUACAUUGUGAUAACCAAGCCGCAAUGCAUAUUGCUGCAAAUCCUGUGUUUCACAAGAAAACCAAGCACAUUGAAGUGGAUUGUCAUUUUAUUCGAAAUCAAGUUCAGUCCAAGCUUCUUUCCACUGCAUAUAUCAAGUCUAGUGAGCAGCUUGCGGAUGUGUUUACAAAGAUUUUGCCAACUACUCAGUUUGGUCAUCUAUUGUUCAAGCUUGGCUCUAGAGACUCUCUUGAUCUAGUUUGA